AUGGAGUAUGGUGUUUAUGUUCAACAUACAUUUGAUAUCAAUAUGAUUCUGGUGUGUCUCUAUGUUGAUGACAUAUUCCUAACAGGGAGUUGUUCAACUGAGAUAGCUAAGUUCCAGAAGGUGCUGAUGAAUGAGUUUGAGAUGACUGGUCUAGGAAAUAUGACAUAUUUUAUAGGGAUGGAAAUUUUUUACUCUUAUAAGGGUAUAAUUUUGCACCAAGUGAAGUAUAAACUUGAGCUUCUAAAGACAUUUGAGCUGAUAAAUUACAAGUCUGGAAUCACACCUGCUGAAACAAAUAACAAGUUUGAUUCUGAUGUUGAGGAUAUCGAUGUACAUGCUACAAAUUUUAAACAAUUGGUAGGCUCAUUGAGAUAUCUAUGUAAUACCAUACCUGAUAUUUGUUAUGCAAUUGGAAUGGUGAGUAGGUUUAUGAACAAACCAAAGUGGUCAAAUUACCAAGUUAUUGUCAGGAUACUGAGGUAUAUUAAGGGGACUAUGAAGUAUGGAGUUUUGUUCCUUUGUGGUGCUAAAACUGAGUCAGAGCUAAUAUGCUAUUCAGACUCUGAUUGGUGUCGAGACAGAGUUGACAGAAGAAGUACUUCUGGAUAUAUUUUUAAGUAUAUGGAAGGUCUUAUUUCUUGGUGCUCUAAGAAGCAAUCAGUGGUUGCAUUGUCAACCUGUGAAGUUGAGUACAUUGCAGGUGCUUUGACUGCUUGUUAA